AGUACCUGGAGGAAUUCGCCGGGGACGGCCGGGAGUGCGUGAACUGCGGGGCCAUGUCCACGCCGCUCUGGAGGAAGGACGGCACCGGGCACUACCUGCGCAACGCCUGCGGGCUCUACCACAACAUGUCUUCAUCUAGACGUGCUGGCCUAUGUUGCACUAACUGCCACACAACCAAUACCACCCUCUGGAGAAGGAACGCCGAAGGGGAGCCCGUCUGCAACGCCUGCGGCUUGUACAUGAAGCUCCAUGGGGUACCACGACCUCUGGCCAUGAAAAAGGAAAGCAUCCAGACGAGGAAAAGGAAGCCUAAAAACAUUACCAAAGGCAAAACCUCAACAGGGUCUACGACUUCGGCCACCAACUCCCCUUCUUCCAUUACGAACUCAGACAGCACGGUCACUUUAAAGUCAGAGCCCAGCGCGACCUCGCAGUAUCCCGGACAAACCAUCGUGUCGGUGUCCCAGGCGCAGAGCCAGUCGGACGAGGCGCUGGCCGGCGGCCACGGCGAGUUCAAAUUUGAGCCCGAGGACUACAGCUUCUCCCCCAGCACCAUGGCCUCGCAGCCCGGGCUGAGCGUGCCGCUCCGGCAGGACUCCUGGUGUGCCCUGGCACUCGCCUAGAAACCCCCAAGCUCCAGC